AUGCUUAUCGAAGAUGAAGACAAUAGUAAUCGUCUUCACCAUUUUGAUUAUCAUAGCCCUGGCUCUGUUUAUUUACUUCGUUAUUUAGGGGUCGGUGGGGAGAGAAAGGGAGUAUGUGCUGAGGGGUGCGUUGAAAAGGUGGACAAAGGGAAGAGAAUCGAGGGGGAACUCCCAAUUUGGAACAAUGGCAACGAGGUGGUAAAGGAUGUGCCGGAAGGGAAUGAGGCAAAGUUGAAGUCGAGACUUCCUCAAGGGGAGGGGAGGAACCAUAUGGAUGUAAGAGGCAGCAGCGGCGGGAGUGGUAUCGGAAGUGGCAGCCGAAGUGGUGGCCGAAGUGGUGGUCGAAGUGGGAGAGGAAGGGGCAACACCCUGGAGGCGAACCAGCUGGAGCUGAUAUUUCACGAAUCGGUGAAGGCCAUUUAUGAAGGCACCAAUGCGCACGUGGAAAUUCCUACAAUAAAGCGCGAUGGAAGGAAGGGAGGCCUGUCGUGCCACCUGGGAGAGAUGAAACAAACGAGGGAAACGCACUCUGAUGAUGUCGACUCGGACAAGGUUCAUAUCAAGGAGAUGACGAACCAGGUGAAUUUCCCACACAAAAUUGAGAAGCUGAAAAACUUUUGGAUGGAGCGCCUCGAAAAUGCGAAGCAAAGGAAUAGGCAGCUCUUUGUGCAGAGUAUGAGCAGCAUCGGUGAGACUCUGAAUUAUAAUUUUUUGCGCAUAUGUCGGAAUGGGCGUGAGUUCGACCCUGCUUCGUUCGCCUGGCAUGACUCGUUUGUGGGGCAUGCGGUGGGGAGGGCGUGGAAGGGGGGAGAGACCUGCUUAGAGGGAAAGACCUGUUUGGAGGGAAAGACCCCUUUGGAGGGAGAGACCCGUUUGGAGGGAGAGACCUCUUUUGAGGGAGAGAAGGCAGAGAAGGGAGAGAAAGCCCAAAGGGAGGAACGCCCAUCGCCCCCACCCGCAUGUCCCCCCCAUAUUUAUGAGAAGCUGAAAAAUAUCAGAUGUAAAUUGGAGAAGCCCUUUUCUGUUCAUUUUAAAAUCGAAAAUAUGUCAAGACCUCAUUUUUUGUACAAAGAAGGACACUCUCCUUUGGUAUUCUCCGAGUGUAGAAGUAUGAAGGAAAAUGUGCAGUGGGAGAGAUCAGCUUACAAUGUUACCUAUACGAGAAAUGACAGCUCUAGGUAUUUUAAUUUAAAGACCAAUAGUUUUGAAAAGCUAUCCUAUUGUACAUAUACUCUCGAAUUCUCGUACGAUUUUCUGUACACUUACGACACAGUUUAUUUCGCUAGCUCCCUUCCAUACUCCUACUCCUACCUCUUGCAAUACCUGGGGUUACUAAAGAGUUAUGUGCACAGUGGGCAGGAGAGGGAGAAAAGAAUUAACUACGUGCAGGGCACCUUGUGCACGACGGCUUGUGGCUUCGCCUGCCCCGUUCUAGCCAUAACGAAUUAUGACAAGGGGGAGGAAGCGAAAGCGGAAGCGAACACGGCAGCUAAAAAGACAGCUAAAACGGAUUCGAACACGGAAGCGAAAGAGGCAGCUAAAACGGAUGCGAACACGGCAGCGAACACAGAAGCGCCUCCCAACGGGGACAGUCACGACGGAGGUGCAGUGAACACUGGGCAGAACUACGUAGGGUCAACUAACAUUGAAGGGUCGCAUCGGAACAUAGCCCCCGGGGAAGCAGACCAAGCGAAGCAGCUGCAUCCUGUUGGGAGCAUCAGUGUGCCCGCUGAGAGCAAUCCCAAGCCGGUAGAUGCCGCGAGUGAAACCCCGUGCCAGUGCUGCGAAGGACACACAUAUAUUGACGACGCGAGGUGCAUGUAUAAUUUGUGCCAUCCCAGGCGAACGGAUGAUCGAAAAGAAGGGGAAGACAACCCCAGCCAAAGGAGCCCCCCCCAAUAUUCUAACGCGUUCAUGAGCCAGUUUGAGCUCCUUCUGGAGAGGCAUUAUUCCAUGCAUCCGUUAAAUCACGAUGGGGAGAAGCGCCCGCGCGGGUCAGCGCCGUCUCCUUGUUUAAGUAGGUCUACCCAUGUGGUGGCUUCCCCCCCAGGGGGUGCCCCUGCCCAGGUGGGGACUUCCUCCAAAGUGGUGACUUCCUCCCCAGUGAGUGCUUCCUCCAAAGUGGUGACUCCCUCCCCAGCCGGGGAAGCACCCAGCCAGCCACGACGCGAAGAGAAGAAAAUAAUUUUUCUAACAGCGCGAGUGCACCCUGGAGAAACGAACGCUAGCUACGUCAUGCAUGGUUUCCUUGCGUUUAUCACAUCGGAUAAUGCAUACGCAGAUGCACUUCGAGAUAAUUUUAUUUUCAUUAUCAUACCGAUGCUAAAUAUUGAUGGAGUAAUUCUUGGACACAACAGACUCUGUUCGAAUGGGUUCGACCUAAACAGGCAAUGGAAUAGACCAAUCUAUUAUCUACACCAGACGAUACACACAGCUAAGUCUCUAAUAAAAAAAAUCCACAAAAAUGGAAGAAUCGCUUUCUUUUGUGAUUUCCAUGGCCACUCAAGAAAAUAUAAUUGCUUUUUAUUUGGUAACUCAGAUAGUCGGGGUCAUCUAAGGGGUAGGAAGUUGGCUGAAAUUUUUUGUGACGUUCUGGGAUCAUCGCUUCCGUGGUUCUCCCUAGACGAUACACAAUUUAAGAGUGAAAAUUUAAACAGGGGAGUGGCAAGGUAUGUAUGUGGAAAUGAGUUCUCUAUCGACUGCAGCUACACGUUUGAGGUGUCCCUCAUAGGGGUCAAAAUGAAGGGCAACUCCAUUGGGGUGCUUCCCCACUGGGGGAGCACCAACGAGGCAGGGGAUCAGCCACAUCCGGGAGGCGGAGCGGUUGGAGCGGAUGAAGCGAGCCACCCUGAUGGGGGAGGAGACCCUGGGGAAGGUGGGAGUCGGAGUUGUAAGACUUACGAAGUGAAGGGGGACGGAGAGACUUUAUCCCCCCCAGGUAAGUCUACUUCACGUUAUGCAGUCAGUUGUGGUAGCGGGAGCGGAAAGUGUAACAAACGUGGUGUAAAGGGGGAGAGGCAGCUCCGAAAGGACGUCACCAAAAGUGAUGCGAGCGCGAGGAAGGACCAACGAGCAGUCAAAGAGAAGGGUCUAUCCAACCGGAGGAAAGAAGGAAAGGCGCAAACAAGAAAUGACGUAAAGGAAAGUCACAUGCAGGAGGGACCCAAGGGAAAGUCUCACAACAGAAGAACACCUGUUAGGAAGGUACCAGCGUGCUCGAUGAAGAAAAAGCAUCGAGUAAAACUGCUCCCAAGGAGGAAUCCUUUUUUUUGUUCUCUAAAUGGGAAAAUAUCGGCUGCUUCAAAUGGUAGAAGAAGAUUACGUGUAAAGGUGUGCCACCCCGGGAAUGGCGACAGUGCAGCGAAGCAGGAACGCCGUGGCAAUUUAGCCAGUGGAACGAAUUACAGAAGUAGGCGUAGAAUAACACACCCCUGUUUAGAGGAGGACGUGGGAGUGGAUGCGGGAGUGGACGUGGGAUUGCACAUGGGAGUUCACGUGGACGUAUGUGAAGAAUUACAACCCUGUGGGGAGAAGCCCCACGGUUACGACCACCAACUUGGAGGAAAAAAAAAACGAUCUAUAGGAGGACACCCCAAUGGGAAUUUUUCCGGUCAGAGGAAGAAGAGGCCACUUCGGAUUACUAGGAGAAAGCUGGUGGUGAUUAAAAAGGUGAACUCUGUGAAGGGGAGAAAAGGAAAUGGUCCGCAAGUGAUGCAAACAAAAAAGGAGGAAAAAAACGUUGGUUUGUGUUUAAACCAUGGAGGACUAAAACGGGAGUAUUUGAUUUGCUUAAAAAGGAAAAAAUUGAAAGGGGGGUUGGGACUAAUGAAGUUGCUUAGACGGAAGGUGAGGCCAUCGCGGGUGGCGCGCGCGUCAGACGGCGUCGUGGGAGAAGCGGCACCGUUUCGUGGAGGAGGCCCCACCAAAGGAGAAACGAAGAGAAAAAGAAAAAAAAAAAAAGUGAUCCAGGAAAAGGCGUCAUAUCCAUGA